AUGGCCUCCCGUAGCGCGGGCACACUAUUGACCGAAUUCAAUGCCGCCUUCGUGCCCCCCUCCCUCAUGCCCGGGUAUAAAGGCCAUGUCCCCGGUGUGGCUUCCUCCUUCGGCUCCCCAUAUGGCAACACCACCUUUAAGUACUUCCAGGACCUCCGCAAUACAGCCUUGGAGAAGAGCUAUGCACUUCUCAGUGGAGGCCGCUUUCCCACCAUCUUCUCCCCUAACCCCUCCCUGGUGCUGAGCAGCCAAGUGCAGAACUGGGAUCGCUGGCUGCAUCUGCCCAUCUACACCCGGUUCAACCUGGACAGCAGGCGCAACUUCGAGAUCACUAACUUCUACCAGACAGUACAACAGCAGCGGCAGUACUACCAGGACAAGACUGGCAUGGUGCCCCACGUUCCCUACUUCGUGCUGCCUGUGAAGGAGCGGAACCGGUACCCCCUACCCACUGACUUGCCUCCUCUGAGCCCGAAGAGUAAGUGGCACCUUCUAAGAGUGUCCCCCGACUACCUGAAGCCCUACCAGACUUUCCCAUCAGGGAAGAGAGUCUCCUCACAAGAGCGGCAACGGAGGGACCUUUACUUCGAGUUCAGAGCCUGA